ACUGAUCCAGUCAGCACACCAUGUGGACACAACUUCUGCAAAAACUGCAUCAAUGAACACUGGAAUACCAGUGACAGAUGCCAAUGUCCCAUGUGUAAAGAGGGUUUCAACACAAGACCGGAUUUGAGGAUCAACACUUUCAUCUCUGAGAUGGUUGUUCAGUUCAGACAGUCAGCUCAACAGAAAACCAGCAGCUCAGAGCAACAAGAGUCCAAACCUGGAGAAGUUCCCUGUGACGUCUGCACUGGAACCAAACUGAAGGCCCUGAAGUCCUGCCUGGUGUGUCUUGUCUCCUACUGUGAGACUCACCUGGAGCCUCAUCUGAUAGCUUCACGUCUGAAAAGACAUCAGCUGAUCGACCCUGUGAAGAACCUGGAAGACAGGAUCUGUACGAAGCACGAUAAACCUCUGGAGCUGUUCUGUAAGACCGACCAGAUGUGUGUCUGCACGCACUGCCCUGCUUUAGACCACAAGAUGCACAGGUUUGUUCCUCUGAAAGUAGAAUAUGAAGGAAAGAAGGCAGAGCUGAGGAAGACAGAGGCUGAAAUUCAGCAGAUGAUCCAGAAGAGACAACUGAAGACUCAGGUGUUUAAAAACUCAGUGAAGCGUAUUAAGGAAAAUGCCCACAUGGAGGUAGCAGAAAGUGUUCGGGUCUUCACUUCUCUGAAGAAGUCUAUUGAUAGAGGCCUGAACGAGCUCAUCAAAACGAUAGAAGAGAAGCAGAAAACGACACAGAAACAGGCCGAAGCUUUCAUCAAAGAGCUGGAACGGGAAAUCUCUGAGCUGAAGAAGAGAAGCGCUGAGAUGGUUCAGGUCUCACUCUCUGAAGACCACGUUCACCUCCUUCAAAGCUUCCCGUACCUGAUAGCUGCUCCACCCACCAAGGACUGGACAGAGGUCAGCGUCCAUCCACCGUCAUAUGAGGGGACCGUGGUGGGAGCUUUGCAUCAGCUGGAGGAGACGCUCAGUAGAGAGAUGAAGAAGCUGUUCGAUGAGGCUGAGCUGAAGAGGAUCCAGAAGUUUGCAGUGGAUGUGACUCUUGAUCCUGAUACAGCUCAUCCUGAACUCCUCCUGUCUGCCGAUGGGAAACAAGUGAAACAUGGUAAUGUGAAGAAGAAUCUCCCCGACAUCCCAGAGAGAUUUUCUCAUUAUAAUUUUGCCUUAGGAAGGCAGAGUGUCUCCUCAGGCCGAUUCUACUUUGAGGUUCAGGUUAAAGGGAAGGCUAAAUGGAAUUUAGGAGUGGUCAGCAAGUCGGUCCACAGGAAGGGCCUAAUCACAAUGAUACCUGAAGAUGGUUACUGGACCAUAUGGUUGAGGAAUGGAAAUGAGUACAAAGCUCUUGCUCACCCGUCAGUUCUUCUCUCUCUGAAGUCUCGGCCUCAGAAGGUGGGGGUGUUUGUGGAUUAUGAGGAGGGUCUGGUCUCCUUCUAUGACGUAGAUGCUGCAGCUCUUAUCUACUCCUUCACUGGCUGCUCCUUCAAAGAGAAACUCCUCCCAUUCUUCAGUCCCUGUAGGAAUGAUGGUGGUCAAAACAACGCCCCUCUGAUCAUCUGUCCUGUCAAUCAAACUGUCUGAUCUUUUUUUAUGAUCGGCAACUAAUUGAGCAAUGAAGCGUUGCCAGUGAAACAUCCACAUAUUGAAUGAAUCUUUCCAUAUAUCAUGUCCACAAGGUAAAUAUAUAGCAGACAAAGUUUUCAUACAGUCAUCACGAGGAUGUGAUUCAAUUAAAGACACAAGAACUAAACAAACAAUAACAGGUGGAUGAAGAUGUAUUAUCAUUUAUGGUAACAAAUGUACAUAUUGAGUGGUAAUGUUUGGUGUAAACUUGUUUUCAUCUGGAUGUGAUUGUUCAUUACUUUCUCUUUUGUGUUAUUCUUUCACUCAGUGUGUCAUAAGAAGUGAGAACAUGAACUGGAAGAGUUCACUGUUAAAAUGUGGAUUAUUUGUUUAUAGUGUUGCUUCUUAAAGACACAUUUAUAGAUUUGUUUACUGGUAUACUCAACAAUGUAGUGAUGAAUAAUAUUGCUUUUUGUAUGUAAGUUCCUGGGCUUUGGAUAUAAUGGUGCUGAUAUACAUUUAUUUUAAUUAGCAUUUCGUUGGCUUUUCUCUUCUUUCAUUCUUUUCUUUUGAAUGUUUUACAUAAAGCACGUUGGAUGGCUGUUCAGCCUGUGUUUGAGUACUAUAAUUACCAGAUUACGUUGGUUUUAAAAGGUUUCCAUGACAGGUUAUUUUAUACCAGUGACCUAGUCCAGCACUGAGUCCUCAACCUCGUUCCUAAAAGACAGAAAAGGUUGAUAUAUGUCAGGGACUACAACAGAUGCUGUAAAGUGAAUGAAAACAUGUUUUGUAAUGAAUGAAAUGACUCUGCUGUAAAGUAUCACUGCAGUAAAGUCCUGUGCAGAAGAA